AUGUCAGAUUCUAACACAACCGACUUCACCAACCCCUCCACCUUCAUCCUGCUGGGCAUUCCUGGCCUGGAGGCGGCCUAUGUCUGGAUCUCCAUCCCCUUCUGCAUCAUGUACGUCAUGGCCAUCUUGGGGAACUCUUCCAUCCUGUUCGUCGUGAAGAGGGAGCCGAGCCUCCAUGAGCCCAUGUUCUAUUUCCUCUGCAUGCUGGCCGUCACUGACCUGGUCAUGUCCACGUCCAUCCUGCCCAAAAUGCUGAGCAUCUUCUGGUUCAAUUCCAGGGAGAUCAAUUUCAGUGCCUGUCUCACGCAGAUGUACUUCAUUCACUGCCUCUCAGCAAUGGAAUCUGGGAUCUUUGUGGCCAUGGCUUUGGAUAGGUAUGUAGCCAUCUGCGAUCCCCUGAGACAUUCCACCAUCCUGACAAACCCAAUGGUGGCCAAAAUAGGUCUCGCUGUGGUACUACGCAGCAGCAUACUCGUACUACCCAAUCCCUUCCUGGUGUGGCGGUGCCCCUAUUACAGAACCAACAUCAUCCCCCACACCUACUGCGAUCACAUAGCUGUGGUCAAGCUGGCCUGUGCUGACAUCAGUGCCAGUAAUUACUAUGGCCUGUCUUUGGCAUUCUUCAUCACAGGUCUGGAUGUGUUUUUUAUCGCUGUGUCCUAUACUCACAUUCUCAGGGUUAUCAUAGGCCUCCCCACAAAGGACGCCCGGCUCAAGACUUUUGGGACCUGUGUCUCCCACCUCUGUGUCAUCUUAGCCUUUUACAUCCCCGCUCUAUUCUCCAUCCUGACACACCGAUUUGGCCACAAUGUGGCCCCACAUUUCCAUGUUCUCAGUGCCAACAUGUACCUCCUGGUGCCCCCCAUGCUAAAUCCCAUCAUCUAUGGGGUGAGGACCAAACAGAUCCGGGACAGGCUGCACUGGAUCUUUCCUCAUAAAGGUACCUAA